GCCCCGCCCGCUGCCUGCCUCGGCGUUCCCCUGGCCGCGGCCGCGCCCGCAGGUUUGAUGCUGCGUCUGACGGAGCGGAACAUGAAGCUGCUGGUCUUGGCCGCCUUCGUUUUGGGCUCGGUGCUCUUCUUGCUUUUGCCGGGACUCUCCGCGGCAGACGAGAAGAAGAAAGGGCCCAAAGUCACUGCCAAGGUAUAUUUUGACCUACGAAUUGGUGAUGAAGAUGUAGGCCGCAUUGUCAUUGGUCUCUUUGGGAAGACAGUUCCAAAGACAGUGGACAAUUUUGUGGCUUUGUCCACAGGAGAGAAAGGAUUUGGCUUCAAGGGCAGCAAAUUUCACCGUGUGAUCAAGGACUUCAUGAUUCAAGGUGGAGACUUCACCCGGGGUGAUGGCACAGGAGGAAAGAGCAUCUAUGGUGAUCGCUUUCCUGAUGAAAACUUUAAGCUGAAGCACUAUGGGCCAGGCUGGGUGAGCAUGGCUAAUGCUGGCAAGGAUACUAACGGUUCCCAGUUUUUCAUCACUACUGUCAAGACACCGUGGCUGGAUGGAAAACAUGUGGUGUUUGGCAAAGUUCUAGAAGGAAUGGAUGUGGUACGAAAGGUGGAAAACACCAAGACAGACGGGCGGGACAAGCCCCUGAAAGACGUGACAAUAGCUGACUGUGGCACAAUUGAAGUGGAGAAGCCCUUUGCCAUUGCCAAGGAGUAGGCUUCCCUGAAGACCUGCUUUCCAGGCUGUGCAGGCAGCACUGCCCCUGUGGGGACUGAGGCCUGGUCUGGUCCCUGUGGCAGCCCUGGGCUCCUCUACAGCCUGAGGUGCCGACCUCUGACUGAGCUGACCCAGAAUCCAUCCUCACAUUCCACAGCCCCUCAGGCCCAGUUUUGUAAAGAAAACACAAGCCAAUAAAGAAGAAAACUUUUUUAUAGAAAGUGAGUGGGCUGGGUUCAUCCCUUGCCCUUAAUAAGCAUCUAAGCUUAGCCCAGCCUAACCCCACCCUGUACCCUUCCAAAAAAAUUUUUUUCCAAGGGCAGAGUAGGGCCUGCUUCCUAUAGAACUUCCUUUCGCCCUCUCUCCCUCUGUUCUCUUUUGCCCUUCCCCGGAUGUCUUUGGAAGCCAAUUGGAGCACUAUCCUGCCCUGGACUAAACUAGAUCUGGACCAGUGGGCAAGAGGACAAAUACUGGUCUCCUAGAAACUGUACUUCCAAAGAGUGGAGCGUCUCCUUCACUACUCAUCAUCCCUCCCCAUUAUUACCUCCAUCCUCUCACCCUGUAUGCUGCCUGGGCCCUUUUUUCUCACUGUGGUUCCUUUCUUCCAAUACAAAAGCCCAUUCUGUUUUCUCUGGGCUCAUCCCUAA